GCGGUGAGCCGUGUCCCGCUCCCGCGCUGCCGCCGUCCCGAGGCGCUCCUCCGGUACGGAGGGCGGGGGAACGGGCUGCUGGUGGGCGGGGCGCGGGGUGGAGCGGGGCGGCCUUCCGCGACCCGCGGCGUGGCGUGGCGUGGUGCGGCGUGGCGGGCAGGGAGGGGGCGCGGCGGCGAGCGGGGCUGGUCGGUGCUGGGCCCGGCGCGCUGCCGUGUGGAGGCGGCUGACAGCCGACGGGAAAGCAGCUUUUCCCCACGUCUCACGGAGGGCCGGCACGGCUGCGGUGAGUUCCGUCUCUCCUUUCUGUUGCCUUGCAGCACGUGCGAGGUGUCAGAGCGCCGCCGCUGCCUUCGAGUGUCCCCGAAUUCGAAACGGCGCUCCGAGAGGCGUUGGCAGUGCGUGGGAGCGCCUCCCCCGGUGCGCGCACCCCUCGGCCUCGACUUCCUGGAGCUCCGGCGCUCUCCUGUGUCGUUGCCUGUCCUGUUCCAUCACCGUGCCGUUCUGUAGGAGAUUGUUGUGUGCCAUAAAUCUGUAACCUCAUGGUUUUACCUGCUUGCUGCUGAAGUUCUAGUUGCAGUUUGCUCUGUCUGCUGUGCUUCACACAAGAUUUUCAUGGAUCUCAACAGUGCAAGCAGUAUUGUUUUGCAAGUCUUGACCCAAGCUACUAGUCAAGAUACUGCAGUGCUGAAGCCAGCUGAGGAACAACUGAAGCAGUGGGAGACACAGCCAGGCUUUUACUCUGUCUUGUUGAACAUCUUUACGAAUCAUGCCCUGGAUGUGAACGUCAGAUGGUUAGCUGUGUUGUAUUUUAAAAAUGGAAUUGAUCGCUACUGGAGACGAGUUGCACCACAUGCUCUUUCUGAAGAAGAAAAAACAACAUUGCGUGCUGGACUUAUUGCCAACUUUAAUGAACCAGUGAAUCAGAUAGCAACUCAGAUCUCUGUACUGAUUGCUAAAGUUGCCAGGGUGGACUGCCCAAGGCAAUGGCCAGAACUUAUACCCACACUUCUAGAAUCUGUGAAAGUCCAAGAUGAUCUUCGACAGCACAGAGCAUUACUUACAUUUUAUCAUGUUACAAAGACCCUGGCAUCCAAACGACUUGCUGCAGACAGGAAACUUUUCUAUGAUCUUGCAUCUGGUAUUUAUAGCUUUGCUUGUUCCUUGUGGAAUCAUCAUACAGAUACGUUCCUACAACAGGCUUGCACAGGGAAUGAAGCUGCUGCCUCAAAUUCAUUAGAAAGGACUUUGUUGUCAUUGAAAGUGCUUCGUAAACUAACAGUUCAUGGAUUUGUAGAACCUCAUCGAAGUGUAGAGGUGAUGGGUUUUCUACAUGCACUGUUUGAACGGCUAAAACAGUUUCUGGAGUGUAGUAGAAAUAUACGGACAGGAAAUGUAUGCAGAGACCGUCUAGAAAAGACUAUAAUUCUGUUCACUAAAGUGCUUUUGGACUUCCUGGAUCAACAUCCUUUUUCGUUUACACCUUUAAUUCAGAGGUCAUUGGAGUUUGCUGUGAGCUAUGUUUUCACAGAGGCUGGUGAAGGAGUUGUAUUUGAGCGCUUUAUUGUACAGUGCAUGAAUCUCAUCAAGAUGAUUGUAAAAAACUAUGCUUACAAGCCAUCCAAAUAUAUUGAAGAUAGCAGUCCUGAAACUCUUGAAGCACAUAAGAUAAAGACAGCGUUUUUCACAUAUCCAACACUAAUGGAGAUAUGUAGGAGAUUAGUCACUCACUAUUUUCUGCUGACGGAGGAAGAAUUAACAAUGUGGGAAGAAGACCCAGAAGGCUUCACUGUAGAAGAGACAGGAGGAGAUUCUUGGAAGUACAGUCUCAGACCAUGUACGGAAGUUCUUUUCAUUGAUAUUUUCCAUGAAUACAAUCAGACUCUUACUCCUGUACUUUUGGAAAUGGUUCACAGUCUGCAAGGAACUACCAACUUGGAAGAUACCAGUGCUAUACUGAUUAAAGAUGCUGUGUAUAACGCAGUUGGACUGGCUGCUUAUGAACUAUUUGAUAGUGUGGAUUUUGAUCAGUGGUUUAAAAAUCAACUGCUAGCAGAACUUCAGGUUUCUCAUAACAGAUAUAAACCAAUACGCCGACGAGUAAUUUGGCUGAUUGGACAAUGGAUUUCAGUAAAAUUCAAAUCAGACUUGAGGCCUAUGUUAUAUGAGGCAAUCCGUAACUUGCUUCAAGACCAAGACCUAGUGGUCCGUAUUGAGACAGCUACAACACUGAAGUUAACCGUAGAUGACUUUGAAUUCAGAACUGACCAGUUCUUACCGUAUUUGGAAUCCAUGUUUACGCUGCUCUUUCAACUUCUUCAGGAAGUAACAGAAUGUGACACGAAAAUGCAUGUUCUUCAUGUUCUGUCUUGUGUGAACGAAAGAGUCAAUGUACAGAUACGACCGUAUGUAGGAUGUUUGGUUCAGUAUUUACCUCUCCUUUGGAAACAGAGUGAGGAGCACAAUAUGUUACGGUGUGCCAUUCUAACUACCUUAAUCCAUCUUGUUCAGGGCCUGGGAGCAGAAAGCAAAAAUCUCUAUCCUUUUCUACUUCCAAUUAUUCAGCUAAGUACAGAUGUUUCCCAGCCUCCGCAUGUCUAUCUUCUGGAAGAUGGUUUAGAGUUGUGGUUAGUGACAUUGGAGAAUAGCCCAUGUCUUACACCUGAGCUCCUGAGAAUAUUUCAGAAUAUGUCAGCCCUUCUUGAGCUGAGUUCAGAAAACCUCAAAAAUUGCUUUAAGAUCAUCAACGCCUAUGUUUUCUUAUCAUCAACAGAGUUUUUACAGACAUAUGCUGUUGACUUGUGUCGAUCGUUUUGUGAACUCUUAAAGGACAUAACUACUGAAGGUCAAGUUCAAGCAUUGAAGGUUGUUGAAAAUGUCCUAAAAGUAAAUCCUAUUUUGGGUCCUCAAAUGUUUCAGCCUCUUCUACCAUCAGUAUUCAGGGGGAUUAUAGAUGGGGAGAGAUACCCAAUGCUGAUGUCUACUUAUCUAGGGGUCAUCGGUAGAGUUCUUCUACAAAAUACAAGUUUUUUUUCAUUACUUUUGAACCAGAUGGCAUGUGAAUCAGGCCAGGAGUUGGACCAAAUUCUUGGUAACAUGAUUGAAAUGUGGGUUGACCGGAUGGAUAACAUCACUCAGCCAGAGAGAAGAAAACUUUCUGCUUUGGCACUGAUUUCACUUCUACCUUCGUUGAAUAGUGUUAUCCAAGAUAAAUUUUGUGGUAUCAUCCACGUUACAUUGGAAGGUCUGUAUGAUGUUAUGACUGAAGAUCCUGAAACAGGAACUUACAAAGACUGCCUGCUGCUGUCUCAUUUUGAAGAGCCCAAAGUUACAGAAGAUGAGGAGCCUCCCACAGAACAAGACAAAAGGAAAAAAUUGCUUGCCCUAAAGGACCCCGUACACACCGUGUCAUUGCAACAGUUCGUCUAUGAGAAGCUAAAGGCACAGCAGGAAUUGCUGGGAGAACAAGGCUUCCAUGCGCUUAUGGAAACCGUGGAUACAGAAGUAGUUGCACAGCUGCAAGAAUUUUUACAAGGCUUCUAAAUAAAAUAAAACAAAAGCACCAAGAUUUUGUACGUUCAAUUUAACUUCCAAAAAAUAGAAAAAUCUUCCAGCCAUCUCUUGUAUGAAAGAGCCUACUGAAAGCUGAAAAUAGUUUGUGUUAAAAAAGAAAAAAUUCUUUUGUUUCUCCACUGUAAGAUUGAUAGAAUAAAUGUAACUUGGCUUCUGACUACA